UAGUAGUACUACUACUACUAGUACUAAAAUGGUUUCAGCUGUGGUUUUCUCUAAGGAUUCCUUUUUCAAAAUGGCAAGAGAUCAAGAUGAAGCUAAUAAUCUAGUCCUCAUUACCAAUGGAAGAGGAAGAUCGAACAAUGGUAGUACUACUGUUACUACUACUGAAAAUGACGAACAGUCAUUAGUUCCUAUUCCUGUGGAUGAUUAUCAUCAUCUUACUACUCGUAAUAUUCCCAACUUUUCCGGAUGGUUUGCUGAGGACUGUCCCAUAUGGCCUGGCGAAGCACAUUUCUUAAAGAUAGAAAAAGUCUUAUUCGAAGGAAAAUCGGAGUACCAAAGUAUGAUGGUAUUUCAGUCAUCAGCAUAUGGAAAGGUGUUUGUCCUGGAUGGAGCACUUCAACUGACUGAGAAGGAUGAGUGUGCUUACCAAGAAAUGAUGACCCAUCUUCCUCUUUGCUCCAUUCAAAAUCCAAAAAAGGUGUUGCUCAUUGGAGGAGGAGAUGGUGGUAUUUUAAGGGAAAUCUCCCGCCAUUCUUCUGUUGAGCACAUUGAUAUUUGCGAAAUUGACACUAUGCUUAUUGAUGUAUAUAAAGAGUUCUUCCCUAAUAUUGCUGUCGGGUACUUGGACUCUCGAGUAAAACUUCAUGUUAUUGAUGGAACUGUAUUUUUGAAAUUUGUUGCUGCUGGAACGUAUGAUGCAAUAAUAGUGGAUGCAUUCGACCCAAUAAGGCCUGAUCAUGAGCUUCAUGAGACUCCAUUCCUUGAGUUGGUGGCAAAAGCUCUUCGGCCUGGGGGAGUGUUAUGUAUCCAAGCAGAGAGCAUAUGGUUUAAGUCACUAGACCUUCAACAACUCUUCUCCAAAUACCGUCGAAUUUUCAAAGGCUCCACUGACUAUGCAUGGACAAUUGUUCCUACUUAUCCAAGUGGAGUGAUUGGUUUCUUGCUUUGCUCCAAGGAGGGGCCGAAUGAUGUCGAUUUCAGGAAUCCUGUUAACCCAAUUCACCCUGAUGAGAAUUAUGGCGUAGCAAAGGAGCCUUUAAAGUUUUAUAACUCGGAGGUACACUCGGCUGCAUUUUGUUUGCCAUCUUUUCUGCAAGGAAAAAGUAAAUGAGAGUGGGUAGCACAGGGAAUUGGAAUUGGAAUUGGAUUUUGAUUUGGAUUUGGAUUGAAUUGGUACUGCUACAACUCAAGCGCGACAUAUUUAUUUAUAUAUAUAAAUAUGUAUAUAUGUAAUUAGGGAAUUAAUGAUAUCCAGGAAUUUGCAAGGCUUGCUACUUUAAUCACAUGCUCCAACAAAAUCUUCUGGGUACCCAAACAUCAUCAUAGUGUUUUUGAUUAAUUACAAAUCUCUCUCUCAAAAAAGGAAAAAAAAAAAGUUAGCCAAGACUAUAUAAAGAAAGAUAUAUAUAAAACUUUGCAUGGUAUUCAUUUGAUUAGGGAGAGCAUGCAUCCACAGUACAGAACCUCAUCACAUGAUAUGCAAAACGACAUAAACGAUAAACACUUUUGCGAAUUCAAUGCUAAUUAGUAUAUAUUUAGUA